GUCUGUUACAUUGUGUCCAUUUCCACCCAGUGAUACUGACUUGGAUACAUUUCAGCCGCGCUACAUUGUAUCCAGGUUCCCGGAGGGACUCCCGAGGGGAGGGAAGGGAAGGGGAAGGGGAAGGGAGGGGGGCGAGAUGGCUCGCAAGGCGGCUGCGAGUGCUCCCAGUCCCGGGCUGGACCGCCGCCGGAUCGGGGAGAGGCUGGAAGCCAGCCUGGCCGGCUUGCAGGAGCUGAGGCUGCUCCGGGAGAGGCACCGGGAGACGGUCCGGAGGCUGCUGGAAGGACAGGAGCUGGAGCUGGAGGGGGAGGUGGAGGUGAUGGAGGGGGAGGAAGAGGAGCAGGAGGAGGAGCAGGAGACCAGCGGGGGACCCGGCAGCAAACCCCCCGAGGGGCUGCAGCAUCCGGCGGGAGCAACAGGUCCCCCAGAGCAGACCUGCUCACUGGCACCUGGUCACCCUGACACCCAGCGGAGUCCUCUCCACCAGCUCGCCGGGACCCGCCCGGGCAGUGGUGAGAGCCAACCCAUCUCAGGCCUGGAGGAUGGGCCCUAUCGACCCCCAGAGGAGCCCUCCAGCCCGGGGGAACCCCAGCCCUCCCUGACGUCGGGUGCCAAAUCCCCCGGGACGGCACGAGGUGGGAGGGCAGAGCGGCCUCCAGAGCUGCCUGCGAUGUCCGUGGGCCUGGAGAGGCUUGGCUCGGGGCUACUGCUCACCGACAGCCCUGUGGAAAACCUCGACUCUGACUCCCGGCCUAGCUCAGGGUUUUACGAUGUCAGUGACAGCACGUCAUGCUCCCUCUCCAACUCCUGUACGUCGGUGUACAGCGAGUGUCCAUCAAGCUCCAGGUGGAGUAUGCAGUCCCUCACGCAGCUUCCCCGGCCGAACAGCCACCGGAACAGGCCCCGCUCAACGGACGAUGCGGCCGUCUGUUUCGGGGAGCUCCGAUCGCAAAGGAUGCUGCUGUCUGGCCGUGAGGUACACACUGGAGAGGCCGGUGGGGCCCUUAGGAGGUGCAGAGUCUCCCAGAGGCCUGUCUCCACAGGAGACCUGAUCACUCUUCGUCGCUUUCUGAGCGCUGACCCGGGUGGAGGGCCCUCACCCUCCAGCCCUGGCUCCUGGUUACCACCGGGUCCUCCGGACCGUAAGUACCGGUGUGACCUGGUCUCCCGGCACGGUGCGGAGGUCUACCACUACCCGAGCCCCCUGCACGCCGUGGCUCUGCAGAGCCCCCUGUUCACGGCCUGCUCAGCCCGGGCCUACCCCCUGGGCCUGCCCCCUCCCAGGGAAGCAGGGGCCGCGGGCGAAGGGAUCCCCGAGGCCCAGGAGCCGCUGGAGGCCUACCGGGGCCGGCUGGACAAGUACAUCUCGGGCCUGGUGCUGCGGUCGCGGUGUAGGCCUCUCCCAGGCCGCUCUGAGCUGGCCUGUCGGGCCAAGAGCCUCUCACUGUCGUCGGUCUACAGCCAGAGCUCCUUGGCGUCGGGUGGAGCUCUGGCCAGUCUCCCCGCCGCUGGCUGGAAGCUCCGCCGGAGGAUCUCCACCUGCUGCCCCAGCUCGGACAAGGCCCCGCGCUCACCAGGAGAGGCCCAGGCUUGCGGGGCCUACUCGGAGAUGGGCCAGCAGCCGCCGGGCCCCUCUGAAGCCCCUCUCUACCGGGGGCGGCACCUGCACCGGGAGCUGGUCAAGUGCCCCUCGGCGCAGGCCGACUCCUGGGAGCCGAGGCCCGGCAGGGAUUCGACCGCCCGCUCCCUCUCGGAGGCCCACCUGGACUCAGCCCCGGUGGGCGCCGCGGCGUCCCCUGGCAGCUCUGGCGCCACCCGCGGCCGCCAGAGGAAGUGGGCCUCGGUGCUGGAGAUCGCCGGCCGCUGCGGGCACAGGAGGCCCAGCCUCCUCAGCCAGGCCCAGGCUUUCCUCAGCCGCCGGCAGCGCUCCUGCCCCGGCGGGCCUCCCGCCUCCCCGCGGCUGGGUCGGGCCCAGGAGGCCGGCGCCGACACCUUGCCCAGACUGGGAGGGGCCCCCUUGGAGGGUCGCUUCCACCGGUCCAAGUCCUUCAAGGAGCUCAGGAAGAAGGUCCAGCUCUCCAUCCGGCCUUGGUCCCUCAAGGUGAACAACUCCUCCAAGUGACCUCUGGUUGGGGGUGGGGGAGAGAGCAGGGGGUGAGAUCUGACCCUCUCUCCCUCGGGGGGUGGGCCACAGGGGUGACAUUUGCCCCCCGAGUUGUCGGGGACAGGGCUGAGGGGGUGAGAUCUGUCCCCUCAGUUAUUGGGGGGUAAGCUCUGCUCUCCCCCACCUCCUGUUGGGGAGGGGGAAGGGGGGUGAAGGGAACAGGGGGAGAAAAGAAAUCUGCCCCCUCCAGUGGUCAGGAGCGGGCGAGAGGAAGGAAAUCCGUCCCUUCAGCUCUUUGGAGAGGUGAGGGUGUGCAAUCUUCCCCUGGGAUGAUAAAGGGCCUUGGGGGGAGUGGGGUGAGGUGGGGGAACCUCCAGAACACCGACUGUGGUGGGAGAGCGAGGCAAAUGUGGGGACAGUAGCAGCAACAGGCCAUUCGGCCCUUCCAGCCCCUCCUGCUAUGCAAGAGGGUGGUGGCUGAUGCUUGAUCUCAAUGCCGUGUUCUCGCUUUCCCGCCAUACCUCUUUAAAUAUCUUUUCAAAACAAGAUUUCCUUUUUUUUCUGAAGGUCCGCAGGGACCCAGCCUCCCAGGGGUUCGCCAUCCUCUGAGUGAAGGAACAUUCCUGCUCUGCUCAAUCCUAACUGGCCCUAUCCUGAGACCAUGUGCCCGAGACCCCCUGACCCAAAGGGGAGGAAACACCCUCCCUGCGUCGUCUUUUCCUAGCCCUGUUAGAAUUUUGUGUAUUUCAAUCAGGUUCCCCCCAUCCCCCCCCCCUCGCCAUACCCUUGAACCUUCUAAACUCCAAACAUGAGGGAAAUUGGGCCCCCCGACCAGCUAUUCGCCAAUGGGUGGCUUCGCGGCCCAGCAUCUUCGAACAUGGAGGGUAGAAUUUAGACACCCCUCUCUCUUUGAGAUUCCCAGCACCCCUUCACCCCCCCCUUCUCUUACCACCCCCACCCCAGGUCUUGAGGAGGGGAGGGGGGGUACAGGACGGGCGAAGGGAAAACAGAGGGCGAGGCCAGCACCAUUCUGGCAGGGCGAAGACGGGCCGAAGGGCUGUGUUUUCCUGGGAAGUGCAGCAAUGUGAAAUGGUGUGCCUUAAAACAAAAAGUUUCUUUUUUUUUUAAAAAAAACACCUUUUUUUAAAAAAACAAAAUCUCGAAUGGUUUCUUUAUGGGAAGAAGUUUGUAAACUGACUUUUCCUGCUGGGAUGUAAUGUUUUUCCGAUACUGAAUGAAUGUGGAGUCCCAUUAAAGCUGUGUGAUUGCA